AUGUCGUGGGGAUUGGAAUCGAUGGUUUCUCUUUCUGCUAGGUUCUCUGGGGGAUCGAGAGGAUUCUGCUCUUCUUCUUCUUCAUAUGCUUCUUCAUCAACCUCAACCGAAGACGCAACAGGAAAGAACUCAAAUACAAAUUCAAAGCUUCCUUUUACGAAUAAAACGAUUUUAGUAACCGGUGCAACCCGCGGGAUUGGAAGAGCGAUUGCGCAAAGGUUUGGAGAGUUGGGGGGAAGGUUGAUAUUGGUGGGAAGGAAUCGGGAGGGCUUGGAGGGGGUGGGGAGGGAGAUGAUGAAGGAAAGAGGGGGGAAGGGAAGGGGAGAAGGAGAGGGGGAUUGGAUGGUUGUUUGUGGAGACGUGGGGGAGAGGGAAUUUUGGGAGGGGGAAUUUGGGAGGGGAAAGAGAGUGAGUGGGGGGAAUGGGAACCCCAAUCCCAACCCCAAACCCAAAAUCGACAUCCUCAUCAACGCCGCCGGUCUAACCCAUGCCUCCCCCCUCAUAACCACCUCCCCUUCCCUCAUCGAAAACGUGCUCCAAACAAAUUUAAUGGGCACAAUCUGGGGGUGUAAAAUUAUCGGAAAAGAGAUGUUGAGACGGAGAGAGGGUUGUAUAAUAAACAUCUCUUCACUCCUCGGUAUCAAAGGCGGAAGAGGUAGUGCCGCGUAUGCAGCUAGUCUCACCCGCGCUCUAGCCGCCGAAAUGGGUUCUGCAGGAAUUCGAGUCAAUGCCAUUGUACCCGGCUAUAUCGAGACGGAUAUGACGAGGGCAAUGUCAGAUCCCGCCCGCUCAGAAGCAUUAAACUCCAUUCCUCUAUCACGUUUUGGAGAUGUAGCCGAAAUAGCCGAUGCCGCCGUCUUUUUAGCAACCAAUAAGUACGCAAACAAUUGUGUGCUUAAUCUUGAUGGAGGAUUGAGCGCCGUAUGA